AUGUUUUUGUCUAAGCCGACUGAGGAGACCAGAAGCAACCAGAAAAUUGCUCAAGAAUUGGUUAACACAUGGAGCCAUCUAGUUUUCAACAAGAGUCCUCCCUCGGUGUAUUUUUAUGGGAAUAAUGAAGGGAGACCAUCAACCAUUCGCUAUGGUUGUAUCAAGCAAUUGUUAGGAGAUGGACUUGUUGUGACAGAUGGUGAAAAAUGGUCUAAGCUUAGGAAAUUGUCUAAUCAUGCUUUCCAUGGAGACUGCCUCAAGGAGAUGGUACCUGCCUUGGUUUCUUGUGUCGAAACCAUGCUUGAGAAAUGGAGUAGUUACCAUGGUAAAGAAAUCGAGGUCUGCAGCGAAUUCAGGCUUCUUAGCUCAGAUGUGAUUUCUAGAACAGCUUUUGGAAGUAGCUAUUUGGAAGGGAGAAAGAUAUUUGAUAUGUUGUCCAAACUUGGUGUCUUGAUUUCCACAAAUGUGUUCAAGAUCGGACUUUUUGGCAUUGGAAGAUUUAUAAGAACACGGGAUGACAUCGAAGCAGACAAGACCGAGCAGUUGCUUCAUGAUUCUAUCAUGGAAAUAGUAAAGAAGAGACAGUUUGAGGUUCAAAAUGGCAAAGCAGACAGCUUCGGUAGUCAUUUUCUAGGAUCUCUCCUAAAAGGUCACCACGACAAUGAUCCGAAGAGCCAGAUAUCAGCAGCUGAGAUCAUCGAUGAAUGUAAAACCUUCUAUUUUACUGGACAAGAAACAACAUUCAGUUUACUAUCAUGGACCACAUUUCUCCUAGCAAUCCACACUGACUGGCAAGAGAGAGCCCGGGAAGAAGUGUUACAGCUUUUCGGUCAACAAAAUUCCAACUCAGAUGGCCUUUCCAGAUUAAAAUCUGUUAACAUGAUAUUAUACGAAACACUGAGGCUAUACACCCCGGUCACUAGUAUUAUAAGGAGAAUAGGCAUUAGAGUUAAGUUGGGAAAAUACGAGUUUCCUGCAAAUAUGAAAGUUUCUAUUCCGCCUCUAGCUAUCCACCGGAAUCCUGACAUAUGGGGUCAAGACGCUCACCUUUUCAAACUGGAAAGAUUUUCUGAAGGGAUGGCUAAGGCGACGAAUGGUAACCCCACGGCCUUCCUAGGAUUUGGGUAUGGACCGCGAACUUGUCUGGGCCUCAAUUUGGCGAUCAGUGAGGCAAAGAUAGCGCUCUCGAUGAUCCUCCAACGCUACAAGUUCACACUGUCACCGGAGUAUGUUCACUUGCCUUUGAUAGUCCUCACUGCUCACCCGGAGCACGGAGUUGGGAUCUUGCUUCAGCCGCUUUAA